UCGUUAUCGCCGACGCCUAGUUCCUCCAUUUUUCUAUUCUUCUUCCGCGGUUUUCUCAAACGAGGGAGGUUGAAGACGGAUGUAAAUCAGAGGCGGAAGGCGAGGGCAGUGAAAGCUGAAUAUGCAGAGAAAGAAAUAUAACAUUAACAGAGGUAAAGAAGAAAAGAACUGAAGAAAUAAUUAGUAAGCCAAGGCCGAAGAAGCCCUUUGCGUAAGAGCAGGGAAAAGUGGAGGUUCGCAUGCUCUGAUUUUGGAAGAAGUGAAUGCCAAAUUGAAUUGUGGAAGAAUUAGGGUUUUGCUAGGUUGCUGAUUGGAAAGAGUACAAAGUUUAAAUGUAAAGAGGACCUCAGCUGUUGAGAUUCAGAUGCAUCAAUUUAUGCAAACAUUUGUUCCCAUGUCAUUACCAGCCCUCAACUAUUUGUGGAUCAACUCAGAAUUUUCCUUUUUUCACUGAAGAAAUGAAUGCUGAGAAGAACAAGUUGAUGCUUGAAUCUCUUGCUACUGUUGACACAAAUGAAGAAAAUACAGAUAGCCCUGUCAAGGAAAGAUGCAAGGACCAGAGAGAAGCCCUUCCUGGUGAACCACGAUGUGUUAAAUGUGGACGUUAUGGAGAGUAUAUAUGUGAUGAGACUGAUAAUGACAUAUGCAGCAAAGAAUGCAAGCAAAUUCUUCUAUCCGAGAUUACAAAUGAUAAAAAACAAACUUCAAAUAUCAAUACUGUAAAGGUACCUGCAAAUGAUGAGUGCUUUUAUGUCAGGGAUAACAGAUCUCGCACUGAAUCUUUGAACAUCAAUCAGAUUGAAUCUUUAAGGAAAAAACUUGGAAUUCAUAUCAGGGGAGAAUCUGUUCCUGGUCCCAUUUUUUCCUUUUCAUCUUGCAACCUUCCAAAAAAGCUUGAAGAAAAUCUCGAGAAUGCUGGGUAUGAGUUACCCACCCCCAUUCAAAUGCAAGCCAUCCCUGCUGCACUUCUUAAUAGGAAUUUAAUUAUUUCCGCCGACACGGGGUCCGGCAAAACAGCAUCAUUUCUUGUUCCCAUCAUUUCCCUUUGUUCUCGCAUCCCACUUCAACACCUUCGUCCCUGCGACAGAAGGCCACUAGCCAUGGUUCUUGCACCUACAAGAGAGCUUUGCAUUCAGCUGGAGGAUCAAGCCAAAAUUCUUGCCAAGGGUCUACCUUUCAAGACAGCCCUUGUGGUUGGAGGAGUUGCAAUGGCUUCGCAGGUCCAUCGAAUACAAAACGGCAUAGAAUUAAUCAUUGGCACGCCCGGUAGGCUGAUUGAUCUCUUAAGCAAACACAACAUUGAGCUUGAUGAAGUUUCCAUGUUUGUUCUGGAUGAAGUAGACUGUAUUCUUCAGAGAGGAUUCCGAGAUCAAGUGAUGCAGAUUUUCAAAGCACUCUCACAUCCUCAGUUACUGAUGGUUUCUGCAACAAUCUCUCAUGAGGUGGACAAGAUGGCAAGCUUUAUGACAAAGAACUUGACAUACGUGCUGGCCGGAAAUCCCAACAUCCCCACCAGUUCUGUGAAACAAAUUGUCAUUUGGAUUGAAUCCAAGCUUAAGAAGAAAAAGCUUUUUGAGAUUUUGACGAGCAAACAGCACUUCAAACCACCUGUAGUUAUCUUUGUAGCUUCAAGGCUAGGAGCUGAUCUUUUAUCUGAAGCAAUUACUGCUUCUACUGGCUUAAAAGCACUUUCUAUUCAUGGAGAGAAGGCUAUGAGUGAGAGAAGAGAGGUUUUGAGGCUGUUUCUCACAGGGGAAGUCUCCAUUGUAGUCUCCACAGGGAUCUUAGGGCGAGGCAUAGAUCUAUUAAAAGUUCGGCAGGUCGUAAUAUUCGAUAUGCCGACAUCUUUGAAGGAGUAUGUUCAUCAGGUUGGAAGAGCAUCUAGCAUGGGAGAAGAUGGAGCUGCAAUUGCAUUCAUUAAUGAUGAUGACAAGAAGCUUUUCCAGGAGCUUUUUCAUAAUUUAAAAUCUGCCGGAGCUGCCAUUCCAAGAGAGCUUGCAAAUUCGCAUUAUGUAAUGGGUGGCUACCCUAUCGUUAGACAACAAAAGAGAAGAAAAUGUGGUGCUUGAGCCCUCCUGAUUCUUGUGCAGUUGUAGUAAUAUCAGUAGAGAUUCUUUAUACCAUAGAAAACUGGCUUUAGUA